CCGCGACCACUGUCAUCAGUACAGUUGCGUUUAAAUUUGGCGCAUUUAGUUCGCGUUGUGUUCGCACAGGUUGUAUGUUAUUGUUGUGAGUCCCGGCACCACGGUCCGGCUGUGCCCGCAGCCCUGCACUGUGUCGGACACGGUGGCGCGUGUGCUUAGAAAGUGAAACAACAAAGGAUUACAGUGCACAUAGUUGGAAACAAAAAGUAACGUGGGAACGCUUUCUAUACUAUGGAAAAUGAUCAAAUGCACCAAACGACCAGGCACUUCCAAUCUGUAAAUAAAAGUGUGUUAGUUUCUUGUAAUUUAGCUAAAAAGCAGUGAAAAUGUCAACAACAAAAAUGGCAACUAGAGAAGUGAAAUCUUCCAACUCAGCGAACAUAUUAAUGUGCAAACAGUGGUGGAAAGUGUGCUGGAUGUACGGUGAUCAGGAAAAGUACUACAGACAACUCUAUGGCAAGAGGAAACUGAACGCUAUGAACUCAGAGUUUCUAAACUUUGACAAUGUGGACUCAAAGCGAUCCGGCGCACAGAUAACUGAACUAACAGACGAAUUCUUCGAUAACAAUUACGGUUCACAAAUAGACCCUGCACCGGAUGAAAGUAACGCAGAAACGAAAGCGUGGUUCGGUGUCGAAUCGGAACCGAUCUACGGUUUCGAAUCGACGUGGCAGAAAGACCAAAGAAGACAACCGAUUCGUCAAAGCUACGAUGAUUUAAAUAACAUUCUUGAUGAAAAUCUUAACACAGAUGCUAUAAAGACGAUGCUACAGAACGGACUACCUCAAGAACCUAAAACGAAGCUGUUGGAUUCCAAAGAGCAAGUUCAUCGGAACGGCGAAGUACUCGGAAAGACAUCUAAAACAGUUUGUAAAACUAAAAAAGGUGCAAUAGUUACGGAAGAAACUGAAAUUUGUACGGACGGAAAGACGUCUGCUAAUUUAAGGUUUCAACGGUCCACAGUGAAAACGGGUCCUAAUAAAGUUAAGGAAGUGUUGCAGCCGGUGAAAGAGGACACAGUGCUAGUCGAGUGCUCGCGACGAAAGUGUGUGGGCGACAGGCUGACCACCACCACCAGGACAUUGGUCACCGUCUCACAGACAUCCACGACCUCUUGCAACGAACCCGUAUGCCGCAACUGCGUGGUGUCGCCGACGGGCUCAUCCCCGCCGCCGCUGCACGAGCAGGCAGUUUCGCCCCCGCCGCCCGCGCCGCCCUCCCCGGGCGCCUCGCCCCCCGCGCCCCACGUACACCCAGCUCUGCCCUCUCCGCAGCCCAGCCACAGCGGCUCCUCCGCACCGAGCCAAUGCAACUCACCCCACCCCUACUCCUAUCCUAACUUUCGGCGCAGUCAGCCGCCGCCGGGCCAGGCGUUCCCGGAGUACAACCUGCUGCAUAGCCAUAGCGUGUCCCAGCUGCACCAACCCGGCCAGAGUUACCGGUCGCCGCAGUCCCCGCAGUCCGCCAUGUCGCUCUCCCCGCAUCCCGCACCUCAGGGCAAGCUGCGCGGCCUGCUGGAGCACGCCGAGCGGCUCAUGAAGCCCGGGGACCCCCACCGCCACUCGCAGAGCGAUGACGACUCCGGAUGUGCCCUAGAAGAGUACACGUGGGUCCCGCCCGGACUUCGACCUGAACAGGUGCACCUGUACUUCUCAGCGCUGCCAGAGGACAAGGUGCCUUACGUGAACAGCGUGGGCGAGCGCCACCGCCUCAAGCAGCUGCUGCAGCAACUGCCGCCACAGGACAACGAGGUGCGAUACUGCCACGCGUUGUCGGACGAGGAGCGCAAGGAGCUGCGGCUGUUUAGUGCGCAGCGUAAGAGAGAGGCUCUCGGUCGCGGUCAGGCGCGCCAGCUGCAUGCACCAGCGCCAUGCGAGAGGUGCGAGGAGACGAUGUCAGCGGGCGACAUGUGUGUGACGGCGGCGCGAGCGGGCCCUGCGGCGCGCUGGCACCCCGGCUGCUUCGUCUGCACAUCCUGCCAGGAGCUGCUCGUCGACCUUGUCUACUUCUGGAGAGACGGCCGUCUCUACUGCGGCCGGCACCAUGCUGAAACGCUCAAGCCAAGGUGUUCGGCAUGCGACGAGAUAAUCUUGGCGGACGAGUGCACGGAGGCGGAAGGGCGCGCGUGGCACAUGAAGCACUUCGCGUGCGCCGAGUGCGCGCGACAGCUGGGCGGGCAGCGCUACAUCAUGCGCGAGGCGCGGCCCUACUGCUUGCCCUGCUUCGACGGCCGCUUCGCCGAGUACUGCGAUGCGUGCGGCGAGCCCGUCGGCGUGGACCAAGGCCAGAUGUCGCACGAGGGACAGCACUGGCACGCCACCGAGCGCUGUUUCGCCUGCCACACGUGCCGCGCCAGCCUUCUCGGUCGCCCCUUCCUGCCGCGCCGCGGCGCCAUCUACUGCUCCAUAGCCUGCUCGCGCGGCGAACCGCCCACGCCCUCCGACUCCUCGGGGCCCGGCCCGCGCCCGCCGCGCGCGCAGGCGCUGGUGGCGCCGGGUCACGCCUCGUCCAUGCCAGAGUUGACAGGGGGAGAAGGACGGCGGGCGCGCGGUGGGCGCACUGUGCGCUUCUGCGGCGACGAUAACCGCGCCUUCGAGCCGGACGAGCCGGUGCGGAGGGAGCGGGCGCGCGAGGAGGAUGCGAGCAGCUACUGCAGCACAUGCUCAUCCUCCUCAUCGUCGACGGAAUCGUACAGCCUGCCGACGCGGCGCGCUUACGGCGGCGUGCGCAUUUCCUACGUGCCCAACGACGCGGUGGCGUGCGCGCGCCGCGAGCGCCGCCGCAAGAGCGCCGGACAAGACAAGAACUGCAUCAUCUCGUGAUAGCGGCUCCCCUCAGCCCCGCACCCCCUAGUGACGUUAACCUCCGACCGAAAGACUGACUUUUUGAUAGUUUUUUUAGCACAUAACGCCAUAGUAAUCUAAUGAAUAAUGUAGAGAAAUCGUCUUCCUCAUAAAAGAUAAUACUCAGUAUGUUGCUCAAAGUUGAAAUAUUUAAAUAAUAACGUCUUUAAGCGGCCAGUGUUGCACAUCUUCCGCACCGCCACGCCGCACCGCUGUUGUUCUUCGUGCUGCUCCGCGGCAUGUGCACAUAUGUUUGUUUCGGUGGAACAUACCAAUAUUACGGUCCUGUAUAUGUUUAAAUUGCCUUGGUAGUUGUGAAUGGGUGCAUUGGACUUGGUUAUUGAGAUUGAGGUACAUCAAUACAGAACCAAAAAAAAA